AGGAUGGCAUUUAAUAAUUCUCAAUGCAAUCUGUGCUGAAAUGUCCUACUGGCCCUUAACGACACACGGUGGAUCCAGCGAAAGCGAGAGUAGCGGGAGGCGGGGCUACGGACUUUGAAUGGUGAAACAGCGAGGAGGCACUUUCAUAUAAAGUUUGGAGAAAGGGAGGAUGACCAUGCCGCAAGUCGGGGCAGUGUUUGCAGCUAUAGCAGGAAUUAUGGGAAUCCUUUUGCACUCCUCAAUUCACAAGAUAGAAGAAGGACACCUUGCUGUGUAUUACAGGGGUGGGGCAUUACUGACAGGCCCUAAUGGUCCGGGAUAUCACAUAAUGUUACCUUUCAUUACCACAUACAGAUCUGUCCAAACUACACUCCAGACAGACGAGAUCAAGAAUGUGCCUUGUGGAACAAGCGGUGGUGUGAUGAUUUAUUUUGAUCGGAUAGAGGUGGUGAACAUGUUGGUCCCCUCCGCAGUCGUGGACAUUGUGAGAAACUACACUGCAGAUUAUGACAAGACACUGAUUUUCAAUAAAAUCCACCAUGAACUUAACCAGUUCUGUAGUGUACACACACUGCAGGAAGUCUACAUCGAGUUAUUUGACAUCAUUGAUGAAAACCUGAAGACUGCUUUGCAGAAAGACCUAAAUGCAAUGGCCCCUGGGCUCACAAUACAGGCUGUGCGUGUUACUAAACCUAAAAUCCCUGAAUCCAUUCGCCGGAACUUUGAACUCAUGGAAGCUGAGAAGACCCGAUUGUUAAUAACAGUACAGACACAAAAAGUAGUGGAGAAGGAAGCCGAGACUGAAAGAAAAAAGGCCAUAAUUGAGGCCCAGAAGGUGGCUCAGGUCGCAGAGAUCCAAUUUCAACAGAAGAUCAUGGAGAAAGAAACUGAGAAGAGAAUCUCUGAAAUUGAAGAUGCUGCCUUCCUGGCCAGAGAAAAGGCCAGAGCUGAUGCAGAAUAUUACACGGCUGCCAAGUUUGCUGAAGCAAACAUGCUGAAGCUAACCCCAGAGUACUUGGAGUUGAUGAAGUACCAGGCCAUUGCUGCCAACAGUAAGAUCUACUUUGGCCAGGACAUCCCCAACAUGUUUGUGGAGGGAAACAGUAGUCCCCAAAAGUCCCGCCCCUCUGACCAGCCCGGUGUUGAAUCAGACUUACUUAAACAAAAACUGGAUGGUAAUUGAACCCACAGCUGCCUUUGCAUGACUCUUCUGUCCGUGAUGCACUUGGUUGGUCUGAAAUGGAGAUAAGGGUAUUUGACCGCUUUGCAGUUUAUUUGGAGAUGAGGGUGCUCUAGUCUUAAACUAAAUGGUGUACAACCAAAUGAACACCAGAUUUGCAAGGAAUAUACAAAAAAGGAUGUGGCUUACUGUCUUAACAUUUCUGGAGGUAAAACAGAAAUGAGAUUAAGAGUGCUUUAGUCAAAUCAACAGAAUAAUAAUUGCUUAUGCCUGGAAAGGUCGCUAGGUUGGUGUAAUCCGCGUGUGCUUACGAAACAAUGCAAUUUGAAGAUUGCAUUUUCUGAUAGAUAUGAAAGGAUGUAGUGUGAUUUUGCAAAUGUUUGGAACUGGAACCCAAAGGUGACCCUAAUUAUGAUACAAUGGUCUGCGUCUGUGUAAAGGAUGAGGGAAGGCUGCUUCUGUGCCAUCUUUUGACUCUAAAUCAUUAUUUGUUUGUUUUUUAUAUUAGAAAGUGCUUUUGGUGAAUGCCUUUGGUGGACUUACUCAGGACAUUUGACAUGUUUUAUCGUUCAAUAGUUUUUCUCAUUUCAUUUAAAUUUGACUCAUCCCCCACACCCUUUAAAAAACAACAACAACACAGAAAUCAAAUGCCUUGCUUAUCUAUGUAACCCUCUAAUUCUGAAUGAUUUGAGUUGAUUUUCACUCCACUGUAUUCUCAAGUAGAUAUUGUGAUAAUACUGACAGCCAGCACAAUAUUAAAACUAUGUAAGGAUACGCUGCCCCCCUCUGUAAUGGCAAAUGCAAUUCAUAGUCACAGUGCUUAAAUUUAUUAUUUUGGUGAAAGUGUUUUACUUUAUGCUUUCCCCUGCCAUGCUCAGUUAAGAUAAGAAGAUGCCUGCAACUUUUGGUUGCUUGACUUCUUAGUUUAGUUUUUUUUUUUUUUAAAUGAAGAAUGAACUACAAAUUAACUUCAGAAAAACUUUAAAAACUGUCCUCCAAACAACAAAGUACUUUUCAUCAAAGCAGUCCUUAAAAUAUCUUUGAACAGGGAGCAGUAAACUGCAUGGUUUGGGGUGAGUUGUAUUGUUAUAUUAAAAUAGUGUCUUCCUCUUGUUUACAUUUUUCUUACAGUUUUGAUGUCUAUUUCUUUAGUUUUGUGGCAAGACAAGCAGUAGUUAAACUUCCAAGAGUUAUGGCAAUGAACACUAAAUGUGUUUAAAGUUAGUUUACUUGACACUUGAAUGGCAGACAAUUACUGCACUCUCAUUUUAAUAUUGUUGGUGAUGGGAUUCAAUGCAAAUUGUUAUUGAUUUACUUUACUAAUUAUUUUGUCAAUUAUUUGUCGUUUUUGUACAAUCUGUGAAUCUCUUGUUUUAAAAAGAUUUAUAUGCAAAAUGUUUUGACACUGUUCUUAUGUAAAAUAAAAACCUAUUUUGGUAAUA